GGAGGAGCAGGGGGAGCAGGGGGAGGAGGAGGAGCAGGUGACUGGCCUAUGACCAGGGAGAAUACUACUAUACGCUGCAGUAAGGGCUCUCGAUGCUAUGGCCUGUGGGAGAAGACUAGAGACGGGGACAUACACCUGGUCAAACAGGGUUGCUGGACUCACAUUGGUGACCAGCAGGAGUGCCAUGAUGACCGUUGCGUGGUUACCACCACCCCGUCUCAGAUUCAGAACGGCACGUAUAGGUUCUGCUGCUGCAGCACCAACAUGUGUAACGUCAACUUCACCGAGGACUUCCCCCCUCCCAGCCCCACCUCCACACAGCUAUACCCGCGGCCGCUGUACCGUGAGGAGACCGUCGUGAUCGCCCUGGCGUCUGUCUCCAUAGUAGCAUUGCUGAUUUUGGCGCUGUUCUUCGGGUACCGCAUGCUGAGUGGAGACAGGAAACAGGGACUACACAACAUGGACAUGAUGGAGGCAGCAGCCUCAGAACCCAGUCUCGACCUGGACAGCCUUAAACUACUAGAGUUGAUUGGUCGUGGGCGGUAUGGCUCGGUGUAUAAGGGUUCUCUAGACGAGCGUCCCGUGGCUGUCAAGGUGUUCACUUACCAGAACCGCCUGAACUUUGUUAACGAGCGAGCCAUCUACCGUGUCCCCCUGUUGGAGCAUGAUAAUAUUGCACGAUUCAUCGUAGGAGACGAGAGACUCACAGCCGACGGACGCAUAGAGUACCUACUGGUCAUGGAAUGUUACCCUCAUGGUUCUCUGUGUCAGUACCUGGGUCUGCAGACAGGAGACUGGGUCAGCUGCUGUCGCCUCACACACUCUGUCACACGGGGUCUGGCCUACCUGCACACCGAGCUGCUGAGAGGAGACAUCUACAAGCCAGCCGUAUCUCACAGAGACCUAAACAGCAGGAAUGUUCUAGUGAAGAACGAUGGGACGUGUGUGAUCAGUGACUUUGGUCUGUCCAUGAAGCUGACGGGGAACAGGCUGGUCAGACCUGGAGAGGAGGAGAACGCUGCCAUCAGUGAGGUGGGAACUAUCCGCUACAUGGCCCCAGAGGUUCUGGAGGGGGCGGUGAACCUGAGGGACUGUGAGUCGGCUCUGAAGCAGGUGGACAUGUACGCCCUGGGCCUCAUCUACUGGGAGACCUUCAUGAGGUGUACUGACCUCUUCCCAGGAGAGACGGUGCCUGACUACCAGAUGGCGUUCCAGGCGGAGGCAGGGAACCACCCCUCCUUUGAGGACAUGCAGGUCUUGGUCUCCAGAGAGAAAGAGAGACCCAAGUUCCCCGAGGCCUGGAAGGAGAACAGCCUGGCGGUGCGUUCCCUUCAGGACACGAUGGAGGACUGUUGGGACCAGGAUGCUGAAGCCAGGCUGACCGCUCAGUGUGCAGAGGAGCGCAUGGCUGAACUACUGCUGAUCUGGGACCGGACCAAGUCUGUCAGCCCUACUGUUAACCCCAUGACCACCACACUGCAGAACGAGAGGAACCUGACCCACAGCCGCAGGGCCCCUAAAGUCAGCCCCUACCCCGACUACUCCUCGUCCUCCUACAUCGAGGACCACAAGGGCCACAUGGUGAAGAACCUCCCCGGGGGGGGGACCUCCGUGUCGGGGACCUCCUCCGUCGGCAUCCUGGGGGGAACCAACGGUGCCCCCGCAGGCCCAGAGAAGAACCGAAACUCCAUCAACUAUGAACGUCUGCAGGCGCAGGCCCGUCUGCCCAGCCCGGAGAGCAGCGGAGCCAGCCUCUCCUCCACCACGGGGUUAACUCCCAACACCGUCAUGACCACCAUCUCUGAGUCAGGACACGGGGAGGACUCCUCCAGCGCACUGG